AUGCCCGCAGCCACAGCCAGGCCUAAGCUGGGCAAGCUCUCCACCCCAGUGACGAGCACGUUUCCCUCCGAUAUACACUCAGCAAACACGGCCACUCCUAGGUCCGCUCUGUUCGCCUAUAAACCUGAUCCCAGCUACAUCAAGACGCCCAUUAGCCCGCCAUUGGCAUAUACCGAUUUCCUCUCAAAGGCUCUAUCACUCAACUCACCGGCUCUUGCACCGGGCGAGAUUUCUCCCGAUUCUGCGCCAACAUCUGCCGCUAGCGAUAAGUCGGAGACAUGCUCAACAGAUGGGCGUCCAUCUCCGGCUUCCAGCGCCGCCAGCAGCAAGCCCUCAUCACCAGCAUCGGCAAUGGCGGUUCCUCCAACUCCAUUCACGGCGCCGCUGCCCAUGUCCGCGCCUCCUACUGGGGCGAAUUGCUUUCCUAGCUUGAAGGUGCCGCCUAGUCCUGCUAUUUCCAACCUGGACUCGCCCUUGAGCUCAAGGCUCAUUGGCUCCCCAUUCAGCGCCCGAUCCAUCCACUCUGUGUUUGAUUGGGAUGCUGCUCUCAAGGCUCGCCUAGGAGAAGUGAAGAAGCAAAAGUCCUCACGGGUAAGUGUACGGCACAUCCGUGAGGUGGUGACAAGAACCGUCACUUACACCCCCAAAAUGGACCCCGCCCCCCGAGGCAAGCGACGGAAGGUGGAGUAA